AGAGCCCGAAGAACUCAAGGCAGUUCACACUAGGCAGAACGCCCUAGCGUAGAAUGCGCAGCAUUCCCCGCUUAUCGUAACUCGUAGCAGCAGCUCGCGCAGAUUGUGACGCGGGCCGACUCCCCAUCCCCGAGCCAGCCCUACUGUUCUGUGACGUUGGUGUCUCGUGUCUUACAGUCAAAUAAAACCCCAGUGGUCACGACCCAAGCAUGCUGCCAAUUUCGUAAUCCAAGCCUGCAUUCCGUGCACAUUAUAUAUUCAUUUGUACAAUGACUACAACGCAUGUGGAAGUGUCGUCAUUGAAUACAAUUGGGGAUCUUAGGAUGCUAAUUUCCAGAACUCUGUUUGAUGGCUUGGGCACUGUGGACUGGGGACAAUUCUAUGAUCUAAUAUCACACAUUAGAGGCCACAUCAGACUAGACUCCUAUGUUCGUGUAGAUAGCAAAUGGGUAUACUUUGUUAAAAUUAUAUAAGUUAUAAUUUAAUAUAGGCUUGGUAGGUUG